AUGGCCGAGACUCAAGCUCCUCAGGCUCCCCAGGCCCCUGUCGAGGUUGACUACACCCUCAAUAACCCCGACACCUUGACCAAGUACAAGACUGCCGCACAGAUUUCACACAAAGUCCUCGAUGCCGUCACUGCUAUGUGUGUGGAAGGCGCCAAGAUCGUCGAGAUCUGCCAGAAGGGUGAUGCCCUCCUCGACGAGGAAAUUGCCAAGGUCUACAAGGGCAAGAAGAUUGCCAAAGGCAUUGCAACCCCAACCACUGUGUCCCCAAGCUCCUAUGUCACUCCCUACACUCCCCUCAUUUCGGAUGCUGCCGAGGCCGAGAUUGCUCUGAAAGCUGGAGAAAUUGCCAAGAUUCAGCUGGGUGCUCAGAUUGAUGGAUUCGGAACCAUCGUCUGUGAUAUGGUCGUGAUCGCUAAAAAGGACGCUGCCAAUGAAGUUGUUACCGGCCGCGAGGCGGAUCUGAUCGUCGCUACCCAUUACGCCAACGAGCUUUUGCUUCGACUGUUGGCAUCUGGCACCGAGGAGGAGAAGAAGAAGGCUGCCGCCCAGAAGCCCCCAACCCAGGCUCACAUCUCCGCCCUUAUCGAGAAGGUCGCCAAGGCCUACGACUGCAAUGUCAUCGAGAACACUACCAGCUGGCUGUUCAACCGUAACGAGAUCGAGGGUGACAAGAAGAUCAUUUUGAGCCCCAGCGCUAACAGCACUCGUGGCGAUGGUGUCCCCGAGGUUGGUGAGGUUUGGGGUGUCGAGAUCGGUCUCAGUCUGGGAUCCGGCAAGGUCAAGACUCUCGAUCACCGCGCUACCCUGCACCGCCGCACCACUACUACCUACGGUCUCAAGCGUCCCAGUUCCCGUCAGACUCUUUCCGAGGUCGUGAAGAAGUUCGGCACCUUCCCCUUCAGUUUGCGCCAGCUUGAUGAUGAGAAGGCUGCCAAGGUUGGUGUUCUCGAGUGUGUUCGCAGCGGUGUCCUCGCCAAUACGAGCCUGCCGGUGAUGCGGACAACGCGCCCGUCUCCCAACGGAAUCACCAAGCUUACCGCCCCCUCUGCUCCGAACCUCGAGCAGUUCAAGUCGGACAAGAAGAUCGAAGACGAAGAAAUCCUGAAGAUUCUCGAACAGCCCCUUGCCCGCUCUACCGGCAACAAGAACAAAAACAAGAACAAGAAGAAGGCCUCCGAGUAA